AAGAGGGUAGCCUCUUCCCUCCUGUCUAAAACUAUAUCACAGAUAUUUCUCAGCUCUGGUGUGACACUAGCCCUAUGGUGAUAGAUCUCUCUGUACAUUUUAGUUCUGGCUGUAAACCUGUUCUGACCAGGGGUAAUAGGAUUUGGGGAUAAGGGUGAGGUUUGGCUGCAUCACUUGCAUUCCUAGUCAUGAAUAGCAAGAAGCAGGGUUCAUGUGUAAUGCAGCAUCAGGGGGAGGAAUUGCUUAUGUAACUGGGAUAGCAGAUUUAGCAAAAGGAGAGAAGAGGCAGAGGCUGAGAAUGGGAACAGUGAGCUGUCGGCAGGGACAACAGGCCCCGGUGGCUGAUCUUCGUGAGCAGGGUGGCAACAUCCAGGGCCCCUGGGUCCGAGGCUGGAAGAGCCUCUGGUCAGGUGUGGGGACCACCAGGUCAGGCCUGGAAGAACUGUGGGGACUAUUGGGGCAUCGGUGCCAGCACCAGAAGCCCCUGGAGCCAGCCCCACCACUAAUUGAGAAGCCUCUGUCUGAGUGGCCAGUGCCUCAGAUCAUCAGCCUCUUUCUGCCGGAGUUUCCCAUUAAGCCCCUUAGGGGGCAUCAGCCGCUGAAGAUUUUAGGUCUUGUGGCUAAAGGCUCCUUUGGAACUGUCUUCAAAGUGCUAGACUGUGGCCGGAAAGCAGUAUUUGCAGUGAAGGUGGUGCCCAAGGUCAAGGUCCUCCAGAGGGACAUCCUGAGGCAGUGCAAAGAGGAGGUUAGCAUCCAGCGACAGAUCAACCAUCCUUUUAUACACAGUUUGGGGGACAGCUGGCAGGGAAAACGGCACCUCUUCAUUACAUUUCUCUCUCCCAAAGUGAGAGGGAACAAACAGCAUGUGGCAUCAGUUUGGGCAGGAGGUCUACAGUGCCUUGAGCGCAGGCACAGUAGGCCCCAAAUUUGCCCAGGCUUCUGGUGCUUUGCAGUGUGCAGCUACUGCAGCACAGAUCUGUACUCCCUGUGGUCCACGGUUGGCUGCUUUGCUGAGGCUUCCAUCCGCCUCUUUGCUGCUGAGCUGGUCUUGGUGCUGUGCUAUCUCCAUGACUUGGGCAUCAUCCAUCGAGAUGUGAAGAUGGAGAAUAUACUUCUGGAUAAACGAGGUCAUCUGAAACUGACAGACUUUGGUCUGUCCCGCCACCUGCCCCAGGGAGCUCGAGCCUAUACUAUCUGUGGCACUCUCCAGUACAUGGCCCCAGAAGUCUUGAGUGGAGGGCCUUACAACCAUGCUGCUGAUUGGUGGUCCCUGGGUGUCUUGCUUUUCUCUCUGGCAACUGGAAAGUUCCCAGUGGCUGCAGCGAGAGAUCACGUGGCCAUGUUGGCAAGAGUGAACCACUAUGGCUCUGAGAUCCCAGCUUCUCUUAACCAGGGGCUUUCACUUCUGCUCCAUGAGCUCUUAUGCCAGAAUCCCCUCCAGCGUCUACGGCAUUUGCAUCACUUCCAGGUCCACCCUUUUUUUCGGGGUGUGGCCUUUGACCCAGAGCUCUUACAGAAGCAGCCAGUGAACUUUGUCAUGGAGACCCAGGCUACCCUGCCUAGUUCAUCAGAGUCCAUGCUGUUUGAGGACUUUGACUGUAACCUGGAGUCCUACCUGGUCCACUCCAGUCCUGCUUGAGGCCCUCUACUAUAGAUUGAGGGGCCCAUUUGGGAACCUGAGGAUCACCUCCACUGCCAACUCAGUAUGACCACCUUGAUGAUCCAGUUUGUUUUUACUUUGUAACCUCUUAUCAUUGUGUUCUUCUUCUAGGCACUGUACCAGAGAUUAAUUCUUGGGCAUUCUGCUACUGGCAGCCAUAACUGGCCCUAGCCUUCCCCCAUCAUACAACCCACCCCUCAAUUCAACAUCUCAGAUCAGAGUGUUGACCUCUUUCUGUUUUCAUUUCUCUAGUGCUCAGACCCUGAAGCUUUUAGCCAGAGGCUUAUUUUACUUUUCCACUUUUUUCUGCAUCAUUUUUCCUUUCUUGAGCAAUAAUAACACUUCAUGGGUUCCCAAGGUGCUAUUUAUAUAUUUGACAGGCUUGUCAAAAGCAGUAUGAAUAUUUCUUGGAGGUCUCAAAAGCUUGCAUUUCAACCCCUAAAUAUGUAUCUAAAUCAUAUGAUUCUGGGGGCAAAAAGCCAGUCUGUAAUAAAUCUGACUUUUUAAAAUAAAUUAUUUAUCUAUAGAGGGCAGGAGAAGAGAGGGAGAGAAAUAUCAAUGUAUGGUUGCCUCUCGUGCAUCCCUUGCUGGGAACUGGCCUGCAACCCAGGCAUGUGGCCUGACUGGGAAUCGAACUGCGAUCCUCUGGUUCGCAGGCCCAUGCUCAAUCCACUAAGCUAUACCAGCCAGGGCUAAUAAAUUUAAUUUUUCAGAAUUUGAAAAGUGAAUCACAGUAGCCUAAUGUGAGAAAGAGAAUAAAUAGGAAGUGAAACAUGGGUGUGUUAAAUGUUAAGGGUAACUGGAAUAGCUAUCCACAUUUUUUCCAAAACAGAACCUCUUUGAAAGACAUAAGGAUUCUUUUAAAAAAAUUUUUAUUUAUUGAUCUGAGAGAGGGAGAGAGAAACAUCAAUUCAUUGCUCCACUUAUUUAUGUAUUCAUUGGCCAACUCUUGCAUGUAUCCUAACCAGGGAUCAAACCCGCAAUCCUGUUGUAUCAGGAUAAUGCUCCAACCAAGUGAGCUACCUGUCCAGGGCUGACAUAAUGAUUCUUAAACUGAUCAUUGCCCUAGACAUCCCAGUAUUCAGUUUCUAAUGGGCAAACCAAGGGAUUAAGAGGCAUGACAUCAACCUUAACAUUUAAGAACUUUUUCCUUUAGUAAGAAAAAUCAUCUGGACCUUAAAUUUAUAUAUAUUUCUGGCCUUUUGACUUCUUUUUAUUUUAACUUCUCAAAAGCUUCAUUUUUAUUAUUCUUCAGCCAUAUCUGGUUUCCUUUUUCAGACCAAAGGAGUCUGUAAAAUAUUCUGUGUACUUCUAUUGAUUCUGUCCCUGGAUUAAGCCAGAUCUUCCCUAUACAUAGAUAGCAUUUUAUUUGCCUCUUAUAGAAUUGCUUUUACUGGAUUAUACUUUGGCAACAUGUAUCAAAUCUCUAUGAAACUUAAUUGCUGUAGAUACUGUGAAGGGUAUUUAUGAUUACAAUUCAUAAUGUUCUUUUUAAAGAUGCAUAGGAGAAAUUUUCUCUGAACCCAGUUGUACUUUCUCUGAAUUGCUGUUUGGUUUUACCUUAAGGACACUAAAUAUUCAACUGACUGUAUUUUUCUUUUCAUAAUGAUGCUAGACUACUUAGAGCCAAAUUGUGGCCCACAUCCAGCAAGGGUUUAGGACUUCACGUUAUGUAUUUUGUAUGGUAGCUAAAGUUAUCAGGGAGACCUGAGUUAGGGGGCUUCCCCUCCUUGGUUUUUGUCUCAAUCUUGAGAGAUGAAUUCAGUCAGGAGACAAGAAGUAUAGUAGAAAUGAGAUGGUAAGUUUAUUUAGGAAACACACUUGAGCACGAAGGUGCAAGCGGGCACCUGGUAGACUGUAUGCACCUACUAUUGGGAUUUUAGGGGUUUUAUGCUUGUAGCCAGUUUCUAAUUUCCCUCUCCUCCUCACUUCUCUGGACCUUGGUAUUAACAUACAGAUUCAAAGGCUUCCUUUCUCAGAUAGUGGAAAUAAUACACAAGGCCCCCUCCUCCUGCACUCAUCAUAGUCUUUCUUUUGAUUUUCGGAACACCUGGCAAUCUUAUCUGACCAGGCGCAGGACUGCUGAAUUAAUGGGUGAGGUGUGUCUCCCUUCCUCUCCCUUCCUUGGUUUGCUAUCUUCCCUGCCUAACAGAUACGUUCUUCCUUUGUUUCCUUUAUUUUCUACCCUUAUUUUCCUAAUUCUUAUUUUUCUGUUUUAUCUUACUAUAUUAUCUGCAUCUUUGCAAGCCUUCUGGGAAUGAGGCUGGGAUAUAAAUAAAUAAAAGGAGCCCUGGUUGGUGUGGCUCAGUGAAUUGAUUGCCAGCCUGCAAACCAAAAGGAUGCAGCUUCAAUUCCUAGUCAGGGCACAUGCCUAGGUUGCUGGCCGGGUCCUCAGUUUUGGGUGUGUAAGGGGCAACCGAUUGAUGUUUCUCUAUAUUUCUUUUCCUCUCUUUCUCCCUCCCUUCCCCUCUGUCAAAAAAGUAAAUAAAUAAAACCUUUGAAAAAAAGUAAAAGAAUGUAUCCUUAAUCUUUUUUUGAUUAUCUCAUUUGUUUCUCUUUAGACACUUAAUUUUAAAGCUGUUUUAAAUUUACAUUGUAGUGACCAGAACUGCACACUGGAUAAAAACCAUGAAUACUAGAAAUAGGAAUUAAUGGUUUCUAAAAUAGUAGUUAAAGAGUUUUGGAAUUUAGGACAUCUGGUGCCUGGAUCCAUCAAUAACUAUCUCAGUGCCUUACACAAGUCAUUUUAACCUCUCUGGGUCUUCGUUUCCUACGUAUAAAAUGAGGAGGUUGUAGCCACUGGUUCUUAAUUGUGAGGGAUGGGUUUCAGAUUUCUGUAAUGCUUUUUCAAAGGGCAGAUGCAGAUGGUGUAAUGAUUCUAUGUGUCUGGUUCAGUGUUAAUUAAUGUUCAGGUCACCUAACAUUAUAUAGCCUCUCUAAUCACAGCAGCAUAUUGAGUUAAGGUCUUUAGGACAUGGUUAACUUAGCAUACCACUAGGGUCCCUUUCCUAGGUCAUAUUAGAUUGCUUCUAGAGACCAUGAUCAUGUAAGUGUAGUUUGAAUAAUUUCUUACCAAAUUAGGAUACUGUGAACACACUCUAUUCAGUGGUACACUACUGAUUUUUCAGGGCUGAGUGGAGGGGAGACAGAAAAUCAAAGUUUCAGAUAGUAAACUUUAAGAAAAGCACUGUCCCCUACCCCCUAGUUUUGUUAUGUUCAUCCUUGGAAGAACCCCUGACUGCCAUUCAGAAUCACUAGCCUAUAAAUAUAAUACUUCUUAUUUAUCUAUAUUAAAUUCACUUAAAAAAUUUAAAAUAUGCAACCUGAAAUGAUCUGUUAAGUUUAAGCCUAUGCUUUAAUUUUUCACUACCUAGAAGAAAUCGGAUACACCUGUAAAUGUGGAUAUUUUACCUUUACUCCCUCUGCCUUUUUUAAGAAUUUAAGAUUAAGCCCUGACCAGUGUGGCUCAGUUGGUUGACUGUUGUCUGGCAGAGUGAAAGGUUGCUGGUUUGAUUCUGGUCAGGUCAUAUACUUCGGUUGUGGGCCCGGUCCCAGUCAGGACAUGGAUGAGAGCCAAUCUUUUUGUUUCUCACAUCAAUGUUUCUCUCCCUCUUUCUCCCUUCUUUCCCCACUAUCUAAAAUAUAAAAAUAAAUAAAUAAAAAUUUACAAUUAGUCUCAAGACCAAUCCUUAUGUACUUCUUUUAUAACAGUGUCUUUGUGGUUCUCAUUGUUUCUCACCUCAGUCUACUUUAUAAUAUAUUGAUUUGUUCAUUUGUUUACUUGUUCACUGAUUUUUUUCCUCCCAUCACUGAUUUUUAAAAACUGGUAAUCUCUAUUCCUUAGUUACAUCUUUUUAAAAAAUAUUUUAUUUAGUUUUAGAGAGAAGGGAGGGAGAGAGAGAAAAGCAUCAAUGUGUAGUUGCCUCUCAUGCAUCCCCAACUGGGGACCUGGCCUGCAACCCAGGCAUGUGCCCUGACUGGGAACUAAACCAGUGACCCUUUGGUUCGCAGGCCAGGGCCCAAUUCACUGAGCCACACCAGCCAGGGCAUUAGUUACUUCUUUAAGUAGUCCAUAAUGUAAAAAUCUUGUCAAACCUUUUUAAAAAAAUUAAAUUAAUGAA